AUGGCCCGUGGGAAGCUGAUUUUGAUAGAAGGCCUCGAUAGAACGGGGAAAAGCACGCAAACUGAAAAGUUGGUGGAAUUGCUGAAGCCCAAUGCUGAGCUAAUCAAGUUCCCGGAUCGUUCCACUCAAAUCGGUGGGCUCAUCAACCAAUACCUCACUGAUUCCAGCUUUAUACUGCCUGAUCAGGCCAUCCACCUUCUGUUUUCAGCAAAUAGGUGGGAGGUUGCUGAGAAACUCAAGCUCAAGUUGCUGGCCGGAACUCAUGUUGUACUUGAUAGGUAUGUCUACUCUGGCGUAGCAUACUCCGCAGCUAAGCACACCGAGGGUAUGGACCUGGAGUGGUGCCUGCAACCCGAUAAGGGGCUUUUGAAGCCUGAUCUAACCAUAUUUUUUGUCAAUGAGUCGAAAGACACUACCUCCCGUGACGGUUUUGGUGACGAGCGAUACGAAACCUCCGCGUUCCAAGAUCAAGUCAGGGAAAAGUUCUUCGAGAUAUUUGAAGCGGAGGACGAGGCAUACAAGGAAAGCCACCUAAGGAUGAUCAAUGUUUCGGGAAAGUCUAUUGAUCAAGUUUUCGGCGAAGUGCGCGGACUCGUGAAUGAGAAUUUACAGGAGGAUGCAAUUGGGUUUAUGUAUUUCUAA